GAAGCAUUUAAUCCCCGUUAUACAUAGGAGUCCCUUGACACACGAGUAUCUUUUGCACGCGCCUCGCAAGAAAGGGAGAAAAGUCUGUCUUCACGUGGACACUAGACUGAAAUCCCUUUCGCCAGUCGACCCCCACCUUCUAUCUUCCUCCGAGCAAACCUGAAUACGGAGACAGGAACAGGAAGGAAAGGACAUUAACAAUGACCCUCACCACGAAUCCUCUCCCUCUUGACUAUUACGAGAUCCUUAACCUCUCCUUCACGACUGCGCCCCUCUCGAAGCAAGAACUCAAAACCGCAUACCACCGCGCCCUACUCAAACACCACCCGGACAAGGCUGCCGCCGCCAGCACACCCGCUCAGGAUGCACCUCUAGGUUAUCUGGCCUCGAACAACGCCCACAGCUCCCCGCCGCAGACGAGACUUUUUUGCACGAUAGACGAAAUUACAGCGGCAUACAAGACCCUCUCCGUCCCGUCUCUACGCGCCGAGUAUGAUCGCUCCCUGCGACUGGAUCGCGCGCGGGCCGCCGCGGGGCAGGAAAAGGCCGGGGGCAACGGGGUGCUGUUUCACACGGGGUUGGAGGUGGUGGAUUUGGAGGAUCUGGGCUGCGCGGAGGGUGAAGGCGGCGAAGGGGAUAUUUGGUAUAGAGGGUGUCGCUGUGGGGAUGAGAGGGGCUUUCUUCUCACGGAAGAGGACUUGGAAAGGGAGGCGGAGAACGGGGAGAUCGUGGUCGGGUGUCGGGGUUGCAGUCUGUGGAUGAAGGUCCUGUUUGCGGUUGAGAAUGAUGGCAGUGACGAUGAGCAGGAGCGAGAGGGAGAGGGGCAGAAGCAGGGAACCUGAGGUGAUGAUGAUGAUGUUGGUGGAAAUCCUUGUGUGUGAGCAUACGGUAAUGCUCUUUUUCUAGACCUGCUGCCCCCCCCCCGCGCCGGGAGGGUGAGAUGUUACCCGCAUAUUUCCUGGGUUUGACGGCUAGAUGUGCCCUGAACCUGUCUCUUACCUGGGAGAGAUGCUUUCUGGUCUCGUUUGAGGCUCAGAUACGAUAAGGUGGUUUGCGGAAUAUGGCCCGCAAAGCGAGCGUGGGUGCUCUUGUAAUACAGUUUGAGCACUCAAGGUCGAGGUGGCCUCGACACGCUCACGCCCGUCUUCAAAGCCCUUGGCUUGCAAGCACGAUAUCCUGCUGUCUCGGAGAGGUCUGUCCAACAGAGACUACGAUGGUGUCCAAGCUCAUGGAUUGAGCGCCCAGCCAUGAGCAGACUGGUGGCAGAUCG